AAAUCAAGCAGUCUUCGCAUGGUUAAAUGGCUUGUAGUCUAAACUGCUUUGAGUGGUCGGUAAGACUAGAAAGCACUGUAGAAAUACCAGUCCACUUCUACAACACCUGUUUAAUUUCAGUUGUGCCAUAAAACAUAGAUUUUUUUUUUCUUCAGAAGCAUGAAAUAAUUUUAGACAGCUGCAUUCACUUCUAUUCAUUUAAGAUGAUCUUCUAGGUAACCUGCAAACAAUUUCAGUACAAUGCCACAAAUAAGAUUAGAUGAAAUAUUGCCCAAAUUAAUGCUGCUUCAUAAAUUCCCAGGGGCCAUCAGCUGAGAUGUGAUCUGGUGAUUCAGAAGGUCACACCAUGUGAGUCAUAUGAUUUAUUUAAAUGCAUACUAAAUCAUUAAAUGACUUUCCCCCCUUCUCUCUGUGGUAGAAUCUGCCCCAUCUGUGCUAUGGUCACAUUUUAACUCUUACAGACAAGUGGCUGAUGUCUCAAGCAAUGCUGGCCUCCCAAGUUCAGGAUAAUUUUCUGAAAACUUGACUUAUGUAGCUACAUAAUCAGAAAGUCAACGAAUUCAAUUUCAAAGCAACUCUAGCAGUCGUACACACAAUCGGGUGCUGCAGGGUCAAAGUUCACGACUUUAUAAUCUCUCAGUUUCACAUGCAGAAGCAACUCGAAUAUGGCGGUUUUCACAUGUGUGCCGACACAUUCAAGCAAAUUUGCAAAAAUAAAACUGGACUGAUAAGGAGAACGCAGUGAACUCUCUUAAAGUCUGGCAUAUUUACGAGGCGUAUUUAAAGGCAGCACACGCCGUCGGAUGUUUAGAGAACUUUCCGGGCUCAUAGACGGAAUGAUGAUGCUGUAGCUUCCCUCUGUUGGCUAGAAGUACAUAACAAAGACUUGUAGUAUGAAGACUAGUCUUCUCUUCUAAAAAAAAAAAAGUCAUCUGUUGAGGUUGAACCUCUAGCCUCCCUCCUCCCCCCGCUCUGGUUUAACUCCUCACUCCCCCUAGCGGCGGAUUUCCCAGCCGAGGAGCGUCACAGCGCCGGUGUCGGUCCCCACAGUCGGAGUGAAAGUUGUCUCCGCUCGGAAAAGCGGGGGUUCGGGACUCGCCAGUUCGCACCGCCGUAGCUUCACGCGCUUACUCUCGGAGAGAUGAGGCGGAAAGAGAAGAGGCUGCUGCAGUUCGCCGGGCUGCUCAUAGCGGCUCUUCUUUUUCUCCCAAAUGUCGGGUUGUGGUCUUUGUACAAGGACAGAGUCUUCGACAACUCGCCCGACUCGGUGGACGGUCCGGGCGCCAUCCCCCAGAUACAGGGAGUGAAUCGUGCGGGGAAGGACGGUCAGCUGGGACGCAACGGUGUGCGGCGAAAAGACUGGCAUGACUAUGAAGCAAUCAAAAGAGACGCAUCUCGAUCUGGUAACGGUGAACAGGGGAAGCCGUUCCCCCUGACUGAUGCUGACCGGGUCGAUCAAGCCUACAGAGAAAACGGCUUCAACAUUUACGUCAGCGACCGCAUCUCCCUGAACCGCUCCGUUCCUGAUAUCCGUCAUCCAAACUGUAAACACAAGCUGUAUGCAGAGAAGCUGCCCAACACCACCAUCAUCAUCCCGUUCCACAACGAGGGCUGGUCGUCGCUGCUCAGGACCGUUCACAGCGUGCUGAAUCGCUCUCCUCCACACCUCAUAGCCGAGAUCAUCCUGGUCGACGACUUCAGCGACAAAGAACACCUUAAGGUGGCACUAGAGGAGUACAUGGUACGGCUGCCAAAGGUUCGCAUCCUGAGGACCAAGAAGAGGGAGGGUCUGAUCCGGACUCGCCUGCUUGGAGCAGCUGCCGCUAAGGGAGAAGUCCUCACCUUCCUGGACUCGCACUGUGAAGCCAAUGUGAACUGGCUGCCUCCACUGCUGGAUCGAAUCGCCCAGAACAGGAAGACUAUCGUGUGCCCGAUGAUUGACGUCAUCGACCACGACAACUUUGGCUAUGAAACACAGGCGGGCGACGCCAUGCGAGGGGCGUUUGACUGGGAAAUGUAUUACAAGCGGAUCCCGAUCCCCACAGAGCUGCAGAAGGAUGACCCCAGUGAACCCUUUGAGUCUCCAGUGAUGGCAGGUGGACUGUUUGCUGUCGACAGGAAGUGGUUCUGGGAGCUUGGGGGAUACGACACCGGCCUAGAAAUUUGGGGAGGGGAGCAGUACGAGAUAUCCUUCAAGGUGUGGAUGUGUGGUGGUCGGAUGGAGGACAUUCCUUGCUCCAGGGUUGGGCACAUCUACAGGAAGUAUGUCCCCUACAAAGUUCCUGGUGGUGUCAGCCUUGCCAGGAACCUGAAGCGAGUAGCAGAAGUGUGGAUGGACGAGUACGCAGAGUACAUCUACCAGCGCAGGCCUGAGUACCGCCACCUGUCGGCAGGAGACAUGACUGUGCAGAAGGAGCUGAGGAACCGGCUCAACUGCAAGAACUUCAAGUGGUUCAUGAGUGAGGUGGCCUGGGAUCUGCCCAAGCACUACCCACCUGUGGAGCCUCCUGCUGCUGCAUGGGGAGAGAUACGUAACGUGGGUAGCAGCAUGUGUAUGGAGAGUAAACAUUUUGUGUCUGGGAGUCCGAUCCGCCUGGAGAACUGUGUGAAGGGACGAGGCGAUGUGAGCUGGAGUCAUGGACAGGUGUUUACGUUUGGCUGGAGAGAGGACAUUCGGGUGGGCGACCCCAUGCACACGAAAAAAGUUUGCUUCGAUGCCAUUUCCCACAACAGCCCCGUCACCCUGUACGACUGCCACGGCAUGAAAGGCAACCAGCUGUGGCGCUACAGAAAGGAUAAGAGUCUGUAUCACCCCGUCAGCAACAGCUGUAUCGACAGUAGCCCGAACGAGCGGCGUGUCUUCAUGAACACGUGUGACCCGUCCUCGCCCACUCAGCAGUGGCUGUUUGAGAAAACCAACGCCACCGUGCUGGAGCACUUCAAUCAGGGCGCCAAGUGAAGCCCUGCAGCAUCCACGAGGAAGGACUCAUGCAGAAGUGGAGCUGCUGCUGCUGCUAUUGCGAACUGGGGUAUUUCCCAUUUACCUCGCAAUGAGGUGACAGCUGUUUCUCUUUGGGGUGCUGGGAGUGAGGCAGGACGGGACGCAGAAGGGGUUAGUUAAACGCAUUAGUGUGAGGGAAGAUUGGGUUUGAGUUUGAUUGAUGGGAUUUGUGUAAAAGGGACUCUGUGAGAGAUGUGUAUGUUUUGUUGGGGUGCUGCUGUGGCAGUAGGUCUGUCUCACUUCCUGAUUUUUAUUUAAUUUUUUUAAUCGUCUGCCGUUCCUCUUUAUUUCUUUUGCCCGUUUCAAAUCUCCCUCCCUUCCCCCGUACUGUUUCCUCUCUGAGGGUUUGUUGUUUGCAGUUCUCUCUCCCCCGCUUUCUGUCCAUCUACCUUUUAUCCUCCCAUCUCUCCUCCCUCGUUUCUCUACCGGUCUGCCACUGCCUGCAUGUCCGUCUCUAUCUGCCUGCAUGACUGCACCUUUGCCCACCUUUUUCAUUCUCCCUCUCAAAUACCCUUAUGUCUCUCCAGCUCUGACAACCUCCCUGGGGGUAGAUGAAGAGGGGGGGGGGCUCGUGCUGAGCCAAAGUCAUACUGACACCUGGGUGAAGCCAGGCAGAACCACUCUGAAAAUCACCUGGUGAAGUGAUUCUCCUUUACAACCUUCUGUUCCCUCCCUCAUCCUUCCCCCCAUGUGUGUAACUCCUGGUCUGCGGGCAGAGCUGCAUUGAAUGUAGCGGGUGAAAGUUGACAAAGACGGUCCGAGGGGAUGAGACCUUUUGCCUCACUUAUUUUUUCCUUAUUCUCUGCUUUCCUGUCUGUAUUUAUUGAUUAGUCCUUCUCAGAUUUGUCACUGUGCCACGUUCUUCUUAUAUUCCUCAGAGGCGAGCGCUAUCCAAUGCCAGGGUUUGUGCAGGCUGACUCCUGCUGGGUAAUGGUGCAGUCAGACUAGAUUUUGCUUUCUUCAUAGAGGUCCUGCAUCUCGUAAAGUAGACAAUAAGAAUGCAGGCUGUCUGUGGCAAACAGAAGAUCCAAGGUAAGGUCAUUGCACUGCCACAAGGCUCCAACAAGUGUUUCCUUUGAGAUCGCACCAUGGAGUGGGCCCCUUUAUUUGAAAAUGCUUUGAGAAAAGCUCCUCAAAGCAGUGACUACUAAAUCAGGAGGUAUUUGUUCAGAAUUUAGUUUUAAGGUUGUUAGCUCAAUAGCCGUGCUACUUCGCAUCACCCAUACUACUACUACUCCUCAUUAUUCAUACUACAUCUCAUAGGAUUUGCAGUAUACAAGCAGGUGUGCUUUUUUGGCACUACGCACACAGUAAGAUUGGGGCUCAUUUGCCUGCUACAUUCAACAGUGUGUACUUUGUUGGGGCUGAACCAAAAGCAAAUGGAGAACAAAAUAUAUGCAAUUUUAAAUGCACUGUAAGUUUUCCCAAGCCAAACUUCUGACUGCACCAUGAGAGCUGUUUGUCAUUAUGGUGGUGACAGUGGGAGUGGGAGUAGCUGUCACACCUCUAAGAGUUUCUCCCUUGCUUUCUGUGCGCUAUUUGCUGCUUUCCACUCAGUCACUGAAGCAACCCGGUCACAGACGGCCGAGCAAGGGGUCUCGUCAAGGUGCGGAGCAGCAGGCAGCACCGCAAAUAGACCCCUGCGUGCCUGGAUGGCUGGCCGUGUGACUGACAGGCCAGCUGAUUCUCAGCAGGGCUGCCUGAUUGGACGGCCACCAUGCUGACACAUCACUUUAGAGUACAGUGUGAGCGGGAGGAGAGACCAAAAGGGGAAAUUAUUCAGGAUAGCCUCGCCAAGGUAGCGCUGGGAUUGAGACUAACGUGUGUGAGUGUGUGUGUGUGGGGGGGGGGGCGUUAAAAUGCAUUAAGCACUUAUGGAAUGAUAAACUUGAAUGAAAUCUUAGUGCCUUGUUAGAAGAGGACUAGAUGUUGCUGUGUGUAUUUGCAGAAAAUGAGUGUGGCCUGAAAUGUCCAGAUGAAAAUAGGGAACAAUUCCUCAAUUCAGGAAGUGACUUUGCCUGGAUAUUUUUUUUGUGCUGUAAAAAGACUCCUCAAGUCUUUGAACUGAUCAUGAAUUGACUUCUGGUGCAGGACCUUGAACGCACCACUGGCUUUGUGAACACACAUGUAACUGCUGGCUGUGAAUAGAGCUAAAAAGACUGUGUUUUUUGUUGUUUUCCCAGCAUAUUUGCUCCUGCUGUCAAAAGUAAACCACAACCCUAAGAAGACCUUUGUUGUAUUGAAAUCAUGAUAUGAUGCUGUGUUGUUUUCCCACUUGUUCUAUCCAGAAUAUUAUAAUGAGAGAGGAAAUUGCUGUCUUUGUUUACCAGUGUCGCCAUCCGCCUUUAUAAAUCCCUUUUUUCAUUCUGUUUUUAAUCAAAUGUGCUUUCAUCCUUUCUUUGAUCCUGUGGUUUAGCUGAUGGUGAUUUUGCUUGAAUCCCUGUUUGACACUAUGUUUUGGGAUGUUCUGGUCUGUCGCCUGCACACAUUCUCUAAUCCCAUUUUGUGAAGCAGAACAAUGUUCAGUGUGUGCCAUUUUAAUCAUCAGAUCCAGGUAUUGGGCUCUGGAAGACAUUAACAUGCAGUAGUAGACCAAAAGAAAUGGUAAUAUUCACUAUAUAUCACAAUAUUUCAGUGUAUUUCAAUAUUUCAGAUAUUAGAAAACGUUGGGGAAAAAUAUAUAUUGAGCUCCUUGUUGUGUGCAGAUUAAAACCUUUUCCAACACAAAUGCAAAACAGAUUUUAUCACAAUCAGUGCAAAUAAUUAUUUGUUGUUUCCAAUUCUGUCUUAUCACAUAAAUUGUUCACACAAAUGCCAACCAACAACCCAUAUUUAGGUUUAGGAGCUGGUAGAUUUGCAAUGAGAUUAUUGAGAAGUGAAGAUAAAUAACCAUCACAAGUGUUUUCUAACAUGUUCGAGUUGUUAAACCCUUCUUGAGUUACAGUAAAUGGUUCAUUUACCAGCAUGUAACUGUUAUUUAUUACCAGCAGGAGCGUACUAAAUGUAAACCUUUUUGUAGUAUUCUGCUCUUGCUGUUGGUCCCUUACCACACUGUCUACACCUGUUUAGUAGUGUGGACUUAAUAAUUAAAUAUUAACUAAAAUUCAUCAACAAAUUAUUUUAAUAAACCGUUAACAGACUUGCUACCUUCAUACCUCAUGGAGGAUAACUGUUGAUGUUCUAGCUGAAGCCCAGUGUUACAUACUGUAGCAAAAGAGACAAUCAACAGUUUGUGCUGUUUUCCUACCCUAACAUAAUGCAUCACAUAUCUCUAAGGGAUUUGAACAAUAAAGGAUAACAGCUUUUCAUUCUGUGCACUUUUAAAAUCGGUCUUCAUCAGGUCUACUCUGUUGUAAAGAGGAACAAAAGAUUUUCUGUCUCUUCUUCACGCCGACCUUCGAGCUACAUGCCUGGAUGCUUUGUACACUCUCAAACUGUUAAAAGAUGACUUAGAAUGAUUGUUUCAGACCACUGAGUAAGGUUACCAGCAGAUGAUCCAACAGGAACAAUUUGAUCCGGCAUCUGACUUAUUUUUGUUAUACACUGUAUAUCCAGAUAUGAUUUCUUUGCAUUUCUAUUCUUUGACAUCACGCUAGCAUUGAUAGUGGGCUGGGCUGUUUGUUUUCUGACGAAUUGUUAAUACGAACACUCUUUGUCAAAGUUUUAUAGGAAGUUGAGUACAUAAGGCAACAUUUUUGGUUGAAAUGGGACUAUUGAAGUACUAAAAGUUACUUUAUACUUCUUAUUGAGAAAAUGUACUAUUCUUUAAUAUUUCAUCUUGUUUUUCUUCUCUCACAUUUAUCCUGCAGAACAGUUUAGAAUUGCAUCUGUUUUUUCUUGAUUCUGCCAAGCCCAACUGCCACAUAAAUCUUUGAUAAAAAGAAAUGUGGAUUCUGACAUUAUCAUCAUUACAGCCUUUUGGCUGCGUUGUAUAGAAUAAGUAAGAAAAGUGACAAAGUGUUUCAGGUAGCUGACGUGUUAGCUUGUGCUUUUUCAAUGAAGAGCUAUAGUAGUGCCAGAAAAUCACUUAUUCCAAUAAAACAUAAGGGGCAGCAGAAUCAAAUGCAGUAGGAUGCAGACGAGUUGAUUUUAGAGAAAAUGUAGAACUUAACUGUCAAAAUAGAAUGCCAUGAUUAUUCAACUGGAUGGCUAGUGUUUAUAUAAUUUAUAUAAUUUGACCUGGAACAUGCUAAAAUGCUUUAUAGAAUAGCCAGAGUCCUAUUUUUAAGUAACAAAACAUAGUUUCCCCCCCCCGCCAAAAAAAAAAAAAAUAAAUCAACUGCACAGAAAGCAAAGAGGUAAAAUCAGCUGGCAAAGAUGGGAAAACUCUUGGCAGCUGAAAACAUAGACGUAUGGGUAUGAUCAUAAAGCUGUGCCAAGUUUUAUUUAAAUGUCCUAAUCUCCCCUGCAGAGUAAUCUUCCUGUUCCCUUUGCCUCAACUGUGCAGAAAAGAACCAGAGGUCAUUGCUGGUAUAUAGAGUUGGGUCUCUUGGGUCUCACGCCCAGAAUCGUCACAAAGACGAGGAACACUUUUUGUGAAAUUUUUCUGACAAUUUAGUGUGUGAUGGGAACUGCAUUCUGUUUGAGUAGAUAAGAUGAUAGCAAUGAUAAUCAACUGUUCUGCAGGAAAGGAUAAGGGAGGAAACGAGAUGAUGCCAAAAUUGUUUGAUGCUCUUCAUCUUUACUGUGUUUUGUACAAAGUGCAUUAAAUUAAAAAGGAACUAAAAUGGAUCGGUGUCUCUGGGGAAAUUUCACAGGAUGUUGCCAACUGUAUCCCUUCAAUUAUGUUUAAUUGAAUAAGCUUUUAAAAGUGUGGUUUUUUCUUUUUUUUUUAAAUCUGAGUAAUAUGUACCUUUCCAUUGCACAUGUAAAGUUUGUUUUAUUACAUCAAAGCAUAACUUGGGUCUUUGAGGCACUGCUUUAUUUCAGCUUUUAUCCACUGUGGUAAAGUAUUUCAUUAAAAAAAAAAAAACUUGCAGACACUAGGGAUUUAGCAAAUCCGAUUCCACUAUCACUUGACAUAGAUCGGUUCUCAUUGGCACCGUUUUGAGUCACCACCAUCACUAAGAAACAUAUCAAAGGAAAGGAAUUGAACUACUGGGAACUGUUCCCUACAAGACCCGAUCCUCAAUCCUGUCCCUAGCUGACACCCAUAUAAUGGUAUAAACCACAUUUCAAGUACACAAACACUUCAAAUGUAAUACUUUUCCACAGCUGCUGGGAUAGAGCCAUCGUAAAUAUGCUGAAACGUUUUAUAACGUUAAUAUCCAAAUACAUUUUUAAGUUGUAAUUUUUUCCCACCUUCAUAUGUUCAGUCGAAAGUCUGUUGGGCAGAAUAAUCUUAAUUUACAGGAGCAAAUGUUUUUAAUGUCAGUGGCUGACGUCGGCCCAUCACACAAUGUCGUGUACGUGUGUGAGCUUUGAUGUGUAGGGAAGUGUACAUUUUGUAUCUCAAAAAUAUCCAAUAUUUUUUUCUACUGACAUUGCAACUGUAAAGGUGUAUUUAGGUAUUUAACAAACUGUACAAUUAAACUGGAAUUGUAUGAUA